AUGGAUGAUGAGAACUCCUUGAUGGCAGCGAUGCUGCAAGCAGCUGGCUCUGAGAAGAGGCGCAUCAACUGCCUCGGCGUGCGCGGUUCCCAUGCUGCAGAGUCGCACGAAGAAGCACAACCCCUGUUCCUGGGAAUCUCCGCAGCUCUUUGCGAAUGUUACGGUCUGCAGCCGUGGGAUUCUGUGGAACUGUCGUUCAUCGAUUUUGGAACCGCGCCAGAUAUGCAACUCGAGCCGUCUCAAACAGAAGGUAGCGCUGUUGCCCCGGUGCAGAGUGUAUCGACACAAGCCCUGCCUCCACGGCAACUCACAAGCCUGAUGCCUGCCCAAGUAGAAUUGCGUUGUGUGACAGCUGCAGACUGGGAUCUCGUAGAGCUCCAAGCACAACAGAUUGAGGAAAGACUUCUCCUUCAAACGGCUGUUCUCAUGCCCGGAAUUCCCUUCCCAGUCUGGUUUCAUAACGGACAGCAACCUGCCCGACUAUGCGUUGUACGGGAAGGCUUUGCAGCGCCGACUGGUUGGAGCCAGCCCAGAGAGCGUACAGACCACAGAGGCCAGGCCGGUGCUGGCAACGCAAAGACUGGCAGCACUGCCUUGCAGAGCGGCGUCAACAGCCAUGGAUACAUGCAUAUCUCUGUGGAGAAGGACUUCACCAUCGCUCUCUUCAUAGUGGAGUUUCCAUAG